UCCAUUUCAGAAAAUCCUAAAAAGCAGUUGCCUUGUCGCCUCCUGUUCGCAGAAAAGUCCACAAAGCAGUAACGACCAACCCAUAAAUCCCGUAUAAGAAAAUCAUGUCUGCCGCUGUCGUCGCUCCGACCCAGGACGUUGUUCCUGCCCCCGACGCCUCCCCCUCGCCCGCAGCGACCCCAGUCGCUGCCCCUCCGGCACCCGUUCCGGCCUACAACCCCCCUGUUCCGCAGCUGCCCUCCCCUUCAGCCUCUCUUUACGUUGGAGAACUCGACCCCACCGUCUCCGAGGCCAUGCUCUUUGAGAUUUUCAACAUGAUUGGUCCUGUCGCCAGCAUCCGUGUCUGCCGCGAUGCCGUCACCCGUCGCUCCCUUGGCUAUGCCUACGUCAACUAUUUGAAUGCUGCCGAUGGUGAGCGUGCUCUUGAGCAGCUAAACUAUUCUUUGAUCAAAGGCCGCGCCUGCCGUAUCAUGUGGUCUCAGCGUGACCCCGCCCUCCGCAAGACCGGCCAGGGCAAUAUCUUCAUCAAGAACCUGGACGAGGCCAUUGACAACAAGGCCCUUCACGACACCUUUGCUGCCUUCGGUAAUGUUCUCUCCUGCAAGGUCGCUACAGAUGAGCAGGGCCGUUCUAAGGGGUAUGGCUUCGUUCACUACGAGACCGCUGAGGCUGCAGAGACCGCUAUCAAGGCUGUCAACGGCAUGCUUUUGAACGACAAGAAGGUCUACGUAGGCCACCAUAUCUCCAAGAAGGAGCGUCAGUCGAAGCUUGAUGAGAUCCGUGCCCAGUUCACGAAUAUCUAUGUCAAGAACCUCGACCCUGAGGUUUCUCUUGAGGAGUUCACUCAACUUUUCGAGCAGUUUGGCAACGUCACCUCCGCUGUCAUUCAGACUGACGAGGAGGGCAAUAGCAAGGGCUUCGGUUUUGUGAACUUCGAGUUCCACGAAGAGGCCCAGAAUGCCGUUGACGGCCUCCAUGAUACUGAGUAUAAUGGCAGAAAGCUCUUCGUCUCGCGUGCUCAGAAGAAGGCUGAGCGCGAAGAGGAGCUCCGCAAGUCGUACGAGCAUGCCAAGAUGGAGAAGAUGAGCAAAUACCAGGGCGUGAACCUGUACAUCAAGAACCUCGACGACGAGAUUGACGAUGAACGCCUCCGCGCUGAGUUUGAGCCUUUCGGUACCAUCACCAGCGCGAAGGUUAUGCGCGACGAGAAGGGCAGCUCCAAGGGGUUCGGUUUCGUCUGUUUCUCGUCUCCCGAUGAGGCCACCAAGGCCGUCGCUGAGAUGAACAACAAGAUGAUCGGUGCCAAGCCCCUCUACGUCUCGCUCGCUCAACGCCGCGAGGUCCGCCGCCAGCAGCUCGAGAGCCAGAUUGCUCAACGCAACCAGAUCCGCAUGCAACAGGCCGCUGCUGCUGGUAUGCCCGGCUACAUGAAUGGCCCCAUGUACUACCCUGCUGGUCCAGGUGGUUUCCCUCCGCAAGGCGGUCGGGGCAUGAUGGGUUACGGCCAGCCCGGCAUGAUGCCUCCUCGUCCCCGCUACACCCCCAACGGCCAGGUCCCCGGCAUGCCCUUGCCUCCCGCCCCUUAUGGCCAGCCUCCUGCCGGCCCCUACCCCGGUAUGGCCUACGGCCGCGGCACUCCUCGCCCUGGCCCCGGUGGUCGUCCUCCUGCUGACGCUGUCAGCGGCCCUCGCCCCGCUGGCCCUAGUGUGGCCCCCGGUAACCGCCCUCAGGCCGGUGCUCCCCCUCCGAGUGCUGCUCGUCCUCAGCAGCCAGGUCGUCCCCAACCGGCGCGCAACGGCACUGCUCCUGGACAGGCUCCCGCCACCCCUGCUGCCCUUCCUGCGCCCGCAGCGGCACCGGCCGUUCCCGCGUUCGACACUUCGACGCUCGUAAAUCUUUCCCCCAUGGAGCAGAAACAGAUGAUUGGUGAGAUGAUUUACAUGCAAAUUGUCAACCAACACCCCGACCUUGCCGGCAAGAUUACCGGCAUGCUCCUCGAGAUGGACAACGCCGAGCUCAUCUCCCUCGUAGCCAGCCAUGAUGCCCUCGACGGCAAGGUCAGUGAGGCCCUCAAUGUCUUACAGGAGUUCCAGUCCAAAGAGGUUGCUGAGGUCAAGGCGUAAAUGCAUCUUGGGGUGUAGCAUAUUCAUUGUUCUCGCGGAUUCCCUCUUUCCUCGUCGUCGUGAGUUGCUGUAUCACUACGUUGAAGCCCCCAGCUCUCGCUGCUCGCUCUGUUUGCUCUUCUCGCCCGCUUUCGGGGUUAUGUGGUAGUCGUUCCUUUGUGUGUACUUUUAUCUGAGGAACAGAGAUUGAGGCAACUUGCUAAU